GUGUGCGGGAGUGGGUCGUUUCGGGUCGCUCCCGGGGAUAAUGAGUAUGGAACCGAGCGUUGACCCGUCGGAGCUGCAGCCACUGGGGGAGUACGACUUCGAGAAGAACUUCAGUCACUUGGCAGCCAGGAAAUGGAUGGAGGAGAAUUGGCAAAAGACUUUUAUUUUUUCUACUAUUUAUUUAAUCCUCAUCUUUGGAAUCCAGCAUUUCAUGAAGGAACGGAGGCCCUUCAAUCUGCGUGCACCACUGGCCUUGUGGUCCUUCAGCCUGACUUUGUUCAGUAUCAUUGCAGCCUGGCGGAUCUGGAAGCAGAUGGCCUUCCUUCUCCUUAACAAGGGAUUUAAGCGAUCAGUGUGUAGUAGAUCUUUCUACGUCCACCCUGUUUCCAAGCUUUGGAUGUAUCUAUUUGCACUGAGCAAACUUGUCGAAAUGGGUGACACUGUGUUCAUUGUUCUCCGGAAAAAGAAGCUCAUCUUCCUCCACUGGUACCACCACUUAGUCACAACAAUUAUGUCCUGGUAUAGCUAUAAGAUUAUGGCAGCUGGUCUGGCGUGGAACGCAGCCUUGAACCUCUGUAUCCAUUCUGUGGUGUACUCCUACUACACUGUGACAGCCAUGGGCUUCCGGGUACCCAAACCCAUCAUGAUGCUAAUUACCAUUUCACAGAUUGUGCAGAUGGCACUAUUUCUAGUACUUAAUAUCAUUGGCUUCUCAUGGAACAAUGAUAAGGAAUGCCAAACUAGCUGGCCAGUGCUUAUAAUUUCAUUUUUCUUUUAUAUCACUUUAUUGGCUCUCUUCUACGACUUUUUCAGGAAAACUUACUGGAGUAGCACCAAGAAAUCAAAGCAGAAUUAAAACCAAGGGAUGGAAGAAGACAUUGAGAUGGAAGUGGGGAGAGAGGGAGAGGGAAUGGGGAAACUUUUCACUUCUAUCUAGAGCCCAAGUGCGUGAUGGGAUGGGUGUGAUGGGGUUUAGGAAGAGAUCACUGUGGUAACAGCCUUCAGAGUAACUUGCACAUUGGCCUUUGGUGUGUCUGCCUUGCAGUGGGUGGUAUGCCAGAGUGAGGUGCAGGUUGUGGCAGGCUGGUGACAGGAGAAAGGGGAGGAGGCUGGGGGCUGGAAACCUUGGGAUUGUAGUUCUGCUUUUCCUUCUUCUUUGCAUUACUUGGGUUUGCCUUGUGCCUCACUUCCUUUCUGGGAACUGAUAGAAUCCUGCAUGCACCAAUACUCUCCUUGGAAAAAAAGGUAGGGAAAUUCCUCUCAAAGCAGCACUGCCCUCUCCACAGUGCCCAGUUUUGGGGAAUAACAGAACCCGAACCUGCUGCUACUUUGCAGGGAAACCCUAAUCGAUUACCGAUGGGAACAACACUGAAAUGGAAAAUUCCUGCUGUUUUUAAGGUUAUAUAGGGAGGGGAUCUGCCUGGGCUCUCCUUUCUCCUCUGGGAUGUAAGGAACUUUAUGGCUGUUAUCCAUGAACUUCAAUGGCUGUUACCUGUGGUGUGUCUCUUGUACAAUAUUAAACAAUCUAUUUAACUUGACUAGCUACUGCCUCAAACCCUAAAACAUGAGCAGGGUCCAGCACUGUCUUUCAGAGUGUGGCAGACAUUGCCAAGGGUUCCAGCUCAUGGCCGGUCUCGUGGGUUGGGGACAGAAGGGUCCCAGAGUCAACUCAUCCA